UCUCUCUCAGUGAAGAAGAAGAAGAAGACGAUGACGGUGACCAACAGCGGCAUCCAAUACGCCGUUCAGAUCAUCACCAAAAACUUCGGCAACCUCGUCGCCAAAGUAUGCGAAACCCUACUCAAAUCCGGACCGUUAAACCUCCCGGCCGUAAUCAAAUCGACGGCGCUCACUCCCCUGCAAGUCAAGAACUCCCUCCUCAUUCUAAUCCAGCACAAUUGCGUCCAGCUCUUCACUGAAGAGUCCAAGGCUGUGCUUGGAGUUCAGUACAUUGCUGUGUAUGAUAACAUACUCCAUCGUUUUCGGUUUGCGAAAUUUAAGGCUGUUGUAGCUCAGGAGCUUGAUGAUGAUUGUAAACAACUUCUUGCUGGUUUACUUGAGCAUGGUAGACUUACACAGCAGCAGUUGAUGGACCGAGCCAAUCAGAAGUCCAAAUCAAGUAGUAGUCAAGUUCAGAGUGCUGAAGGUAACUGUCUCGUGAAUGCUCGUUUUGUUGAACGCUGCCCGGCUCAUGAACCAUUUCUUGAAGAGCCACCUGAACAACAAGAUCCAAAGAGGCCACGUGGAAAAUUUGCUAAGAUGGCUCAAGUACCAGAGACCAUAGAACAACGUGUUCUAGCAGCAGCAAGGCCUAUGGAAGCAAUAAGAUUUUUAAUCAUGUCAGAUGCGGAAACUGAUGAUCUGCCACAAGAAAGUGAGAAUAACUCUAGUAUGUGUGUUGGGGAAAAGCGCAAGCAUGGUGAAGAACAUGGGCCUAAUGAUAAGGAAGUGAUUCUCUGGCGUGCUAAUUUUGAGCAGUUGAUUCGUUGUCUAAGGCAUAAGAUUGGUUUUCUGUUCGAUUUUUCAGAUUGUGUCGAGAAUGUUAAAGCACGGCAUGAUGAUGGAGCUGUGGUUGUGUUAAGAGCAAUGCUGAAGGCAACUAGAACUCAAGAGACUAAAGUGAAAACAGAUUAUUCAGUUCCUCUAAAGAUGGAAGCCAUUCAUGGUGAGGUAAUGGAUAGUGAAGCCGGUACUUUGACGCAGGAAUGUGCCAGAGCUUACCUCAGCUUGUUGUGUGGUGCACCUCUUGUAACAAGAGGAUAUGAGGAUGAAAAUGAGGAUGACGAUGUGCCAUAGAGCGUUGACUUGAAAAAAAUCGUAGCUGCUCAGCAUGAUGAGGUGGAGUCGAUUGUUUUGAAACGAUUUGGAAUGGAUGCCUAUAGAAUAUUUAGGUUACUGACAAAUCAGUCAAAUGCUGGUCGGUUUUUUGAGACAGAUAAGUUAUCAGAAAUGGCCCUUGUUGAUAAAAAGGAAACACCCAAGAUUCUCUAUAAGCUCUGGAAGGAUGACUACGUUCAUAUGGAGAAAUUAUCAUUGACAGGAGCUAAACAAUCACAAGUCAUGGUAUGGAAGGUACACAAGUCCAUUGUUUGGGAACAUGUUUUAGAUGAGAUGUACCAUGCGGCGUUCAAUUUGAUCAAGCGAUAUGAUCUUGAGAGGGAAGAGAAUAUGGAGAUUAUGAGUGUCCAGAAGGAGAAACGUGUUGGUGAGUUAGAGAAAAAAGCCAACCGCUUUAUAGCAGUCAGGAAAAUCAUGGGAUUAUCCCUCGUGAAGCUUGAUGAUGCUCUCAUGCUCUUCCAUGACUUCUGAUUUAGUUAGUCAGAACUUGUUGAUGCAAAUUUAUUGCCACUUCGUAUAAACAGAGGGCAUGUAAUUUCCUCAUUGACAAGAUCACUUCUCAAUCAAUAUAUUGAUCUCAU